AUGGCUUCCUCAUCAUCCCACCUUCUUCUAACUCUUCUCAUCAUUAUCUCACUCAUACAAUCCUCCCAUCAAGAUUACUACACCCCAACCAAGAACAACAUGAACAUAAUCGACUCUUGUUGGCGUUCAUCCUCCAAUUGGGCCAAAAACCGCCAAGCCUUAGCCAACUGCGCGGUGGGCUACGGCAAGGACGCAAUUGGAGGCAAAUUUGGCACCAUUUACGUAGUCACCGACCCAUCUGACAACCCUUCAAACCCCAAAUAUGGAACGUUGCGUUAUGGUGUGAUUCAAAACAAGCCACUUUGGGUUGUGUUUGCUAAGAGCAUGGUUAUUGUGUUGAAGAAUGAGCUGAUGAUAAAUAGUUUCAAGACCAUUGAUGGACGUGGUGCUAAUGUGGAGAUUGCUUAUGGGCCUUGCAUUACGGUGCAAGGGGUUAGCCAUGUUAUUAUACAUGGAAUUAGUAUCCAUGAUUGUAAGCCUGCCAAAGCUGGGCUUGUUAGAGACACUGUCACACAUGUUGGCAAACGUAGAGGCUCUGAUGGUGAUGCCAUUUCUAUAUUUGCUUCCUCCCAUGUUUGGAUUGAUCAUUGUUACUUAGCUCAAUCCACUGAUGGUCUUAUUGAUAUAAUUCAUGCUUCCACCGCUGUUACUGUCUCAAAUAACUACUUCUCCCAACAUGACAAGGUGAUGCUGCUUGGACAUAACGAUGGGUUCACCGAUGAUAAAAUUAUGAGGGUCACCAUUGUCUUCAACCGCUUCGGAGCUGGCCUUAUCGAGAGGAUGCCGAGGGUUAGGUUCGGUUACGCCCACGUAGCCAACAAUCGAUACGACGAGUGGAAAAUGUACGCGAUAGGUGGGAGUGCAAACCCCACAAUCUUCAGUGAAGGGAACUACUUCGUAGCUCCCAAGAACUCAAAUGCCAAACAGGUAACAAAGAGAGAGGUCAACAAAGGGUGGAAUAACUGGAAAUGGAGAUCCUCAAGAGACGUGUUCUUGAACGGCGCUUACUUUGUGCAAUCUGGGUGGGGAAGUUGCAGCCCAUUCUACACAAGAGCUCAGUCCUUUCCAGUGGCUCCAGGCUCCAAGGUUCCAGCUUUGACUGCAAAUUCUGGGCCACUUCGUUGCUCCAUUGGCAAACGUUGCUGAUUAAAUUACC